CCUUUUUUCCUUUCUUUUCACUUAUACAUAUUAUCCUUUUAUAUAUAUAUAUAUAUAUUUAUUUAUACAUACCUUUUUACAUUUAUACAUAAUUUUACAUCCCCAUACACAUAUAUAAUGUCUGAACUUACUUGUACUCCUUAUAACAAUAACAAUGAUCAACCACGUUAUCCUCAUGAAGUCUCUACAUCAGCUCCUUUAUAUGAAUUACAAGAAGUUAUUCAACAAUACAAAGCACAUCCUGAAUUAUUGAAAUUGAUUUUGACUAGUAAAGUGGAAGAAGAUAAACGAAGAGCAGAAGAAGCCAAAUUAAGAGCAAAGGAAUUGGAUUAUUAUUUGAAACAUGAUUCACCACCACCACCAACAACCACUUCUAUUCCAGAAACAAUAUCAACGUCACAACAAAAGUAUCAACGUAAAAUAUCUAUACCUACACGUCAACCACAACAAGAUCGUGGUCCAUAUCCUUCCAUACAACAAUCUCUCAGUCCAUCAUCAAGAAGGGAAUCAUUUGAUCAACAUCAACAACGUCGAAAUUCUGCUGCUGCUGCCAUGUUAGCUAUGGGAAGUUCUGGUUCUAAUUAUCCUACUCUAUUACCAUCACUUUCUCCAACCUCACCAUCAACAACUGAUCCAAAUUUAACGGAUGAAGAAAUGGAACAAAGUGCUGCUAGUAGUGCUUACCCAUCACCAGUACCUGAUCAUUAUGAAGAUCAAGAAGAAAAUACAACUAAACCUCGAAGACGACGUGAAAUGCAGGCCAUUACUAAGAUUGUCGAAACAAGAGAUUUCCCAUAUAUGGAUAGUUAUUUUUGGCGCAAUAACGGAAACACUACUCAAAAGAAAACCGGAUGUAGAAGUAUUUAUUACAAAUGUUCAAAUAGCAAUAAGGGUUGUCAAGUAAAUAAAACGGUGACGGCCAAACAAAAUGGUGAAUAUCUUAUCAAAUAUCGUGGUACUCAUCUUCCAGAAUGUGGUAUGGUGGAAAGAAUUCGUGAUUUAUAGUUUUUAUCUUAGUCCUUUUGUAUAAUAAUAAAUCCAUUGAAACAAAAAAAAAAAAAAAACUCCGUGGUCUAUUUUUUUUUUUU